GGAUUAAGCGGACAGGCGGCACCAAGGCAGUAACUAGGAAGUGAAACUGAGUAUUGACAGAAAGAUGUUUACUGUAGUUCAAUUCCGUUAACUUUGGUCUGUGUGAACUAACGGGACAGUCAGUGAGUACUAUUGGCUGGAUCAACGGUAGCUAAAACGGAGCCGAAAAUGCAGACAACACGAAAACGUCGAGGCAACAAUGCAACGUUACAUGCAGCAUCACAGAAUAGCUCUCGUGGUGUGAAGGAAAACGCACAGCAGAAGAAAAGGCAGCGCUUCCACUUUGACCUGUGGUUCUGUCUGACUCUACAGAACUGGAUACUGGACUUUGGAAGGCCUAUUGUCAUGAUCAUCCUUCCUCUGGAAUGGUUUCCCCUGAACAAGCCCAGUGCUGGAGACUAUUUCCACAUGGCCUACAAUGUCAUAACACCAUUUCUUAUGCUGAAGUUGAUCGAACGCAGUCCCAGAGCGCUGCCUCGCUCCGCAGUCUACCUCUGCAUCAUCACUUUUGUCAUGGGAGCCAGCAUCCACCUGGUGGGAGACUCCAUCAACCACCGGCUCAUCCUGAGUGGCUACCAGCUGCACCUGUCAGUCAGAGAGAACCCGAUCAUCAAAGACCUCAAACCUGCCUCCUUGAUUGACUCCUUUGAGCUGCUGUAUUACUAUGAUGAACAGCUGGGACAUUUAAUGUGGUAUAUUCCUUUCUUUGUCAUUCUGUUCAUCUACUUCACUGGAUGCUUUACCGAGGUUAAAGAACAGAAGAAGAUUCCUGUCUCUGGUUGGCUGUUGCUGGGACCCAGCGCACUCUACUAUUGGUACUUGGUCACUGAAGGACAAAUCACUGAACUUUUCCUUGUCACCUUCCUUGCCAUGGUUGUCAUGGUGAUUCAUCAACAACGUAAAGGCCUCAGCCCAGACAGCAACGGCCAGUUCUUGUUCUGUAGUUUCUCUGUUACUGUGCUUCUGGUGGCACUGUGGGUGGUCUAUCUGUGGAACGACCCGGUGCUGCGCAACAAGUACCCCGGACUCAUAUAUGUGCCAGAACCCUGGUCCUACUACACGUUACAUAUCAAGGAAAACCACUGAGUCACAUCUGUCCAGCAGAUAUGCUGUGACGCAGAUAUCAGCUCCACUCAAACAAAGUCGAUGAAGGUCAUUGAUGUGUACCAACCUCGCUGUGGAUGCGUCUGCUCUGUUUCUUUCUGCAUUGAUUCACAAAGGCUUUGAACAUGCAAUCGAAUUUGUUAAAACUGCUUGGAUCUUGUGACGAGACCCGAGACUGAGAUAUCGUAAACUAGGUCAGCAAUGUUCAGCACAUGCACGUAACAUACAGCAGGUUAGCAGAAAACUAAGGCUCUGCUCAUAUCUCAUACUUUAGUUUGAAAAAAUCUAUAAAUUUAUUUUCAUGAUUAAAAAAAAAAAAAAUUGUAUCCCUUUUUACUUUUACAAUCCCUCGGUUAUGCCAUGUUGCUGAGUUUUUGUUUUCAUUACCCAUGAAUGAACUGACAGUAAACACAGUAGAUCAACUGCCUCUUAACCAGCCAAGUGAACAAGAAAGUUGACCUUUUGCAAACGAACUCAAAAGGUAAAUAUCAAUUAUAUUCACUGAAAAUUGAAAAAAAUCUCAUUCUCACCAAUCAAUUGACAAAUCUGAAUGCUGUGAGUAUGGAUAAAUGACUAAAAAAUAUAGCCCUUUUCAAGUGAGAAGCACAAAAUUAAAUAUCAAGUCCCACUUGAACAACAGCAUGAAAGAACUAUUAUUUGAACAAUAGCAUACAUCAGUCAGGCAGACAACUUGUUAAAACAUGUUUUGAUGAUUUUAGAACAGAAUAUUAAAUGGAGGACUGUUUCAAAAGUUAUAUUUUUCUAAAAAACAGUAUAAAUUCUCAGGUAUUUUAAUGUCAUGUUCUUUGACAGUUUUUGUUUUGUGAAAUUUAGGUUGUCAUUCAUUUAGACAUGAGAACUGUAAACUAUGAUAUGCUAUCUCCAUAUGGGAAUAUGGUUACAGUAUUAUUACUGUUUAUGGGACACUGACAUACUGUUGUCACUGAAUUAUCACCCCGCCUGUUGCAAACAAACACUCACUGCCAACAUACUGUUCUGUAUUGCAUGAUUUUGACAUGCUGUUUGUAAGUUAUGUCCACUUUUACAGUCAUUUUACAUUGUUCAAAAGUCAAGGAAGCCAAUGAAACUCAUUUUUUAUUCACCAGAAUUUAACUGAUGACUUGUUAUUUUCUUGAUUUUCUUUGACAUGUUGAGUGAAGAUCUUUAUUGUGUUUGUAUUUAAUGUUUAAUUGUGUUAAUGUUUUGUGCUGUUCCAAUUUCUUAGAUCAAUUUGUUGCUUGGAAAAUACUGUGGCGUUGCUAUUUUAGUUACUGGUUCCUCACACGUUAAAUUUUAUAUUUGUUCUCAUAUCUUAAUUAAAAUGAUGAAAUCGA